GCCCCGGGAGCCGCGCGGCGGCUGCGGCGCAAAGUUAGCCCGGCGCCCCGGGACGAGCGCCGCAGCCGAGCCAUGGGCGAGCACCCCAGCCCCGGCCCCGCGGUGGCCGCCUGCGCCGAGGUGGAGCGCAUCGAGGAGCUGGAGCCCGAAGCCGAGGAGCGGCUGCCCGCGGCGCCGGAAGACCAUUGGAAAGUCCUGUUUGAAAAGUUUGACCCUGGGAGCACAGGCUACAUCAGCACAGGCAAGUUCCGAAGCCUCCUGGAGAGCCACAGCUCUAAGCUGGACCCGCACAAAAAGGAGGUGCUUCUGGCUCUUGCUGACAGCCAUGCGGAUGGACAGAUCUGCUACCAGGAUUUUGUCAACCUGAUGAGCAACAAGCGUUCCAACAGCUUCCGCCAGGCCAUCCUGCAGGGUAACCGCAGGCUGAGCAGCAAGGCCCUACUGGAGGAGAAGGGGCUGAGCCUCUCCCAGCGGCUCAUCCGCCAUGUGGCCUAUGAGACUCUGCCCCGAGAGAUUGAUCGCAAGUGGUACUACGACAGCUACACCUGCUGUCCCCCGCCCUGGUUCAUGAUCACAGUUACACUCCUGGAGGUUGCCUUUUUCCUAUACAAUGGGGUGUCGUUGGAUCAGUUUGUGCUUCAGGUGACCCAUCCUCGGUACCUGAAAAACUCUUUGGUUUACCACCCCCAGCUUCGAGCUCAGGCUUGGCGCUACCUGACAUACAUCUUCAUGCAUGCAGGGAUAGAACACCUGGGACUCAAUGUGGUGCUGCAACUGCUGGUGGGGGUGCCCUUGGAGAUGGUGCAUGGAGCUACUCGCAUCGGACUUGUCUACGUGGCUGGUGUUGUGGCAGGCUCCUUGGCUGUGUCUGUGGCUGACAUGACUGCACCUGUUGUGGGCUCUUCUGGAGGAGUGUAUGCUCUGGUCUCUGCCCAUCUAGCCAACAUCGUCAUGAACUGGUCAGGCAUGAAGUGCCAGUUCAAGCUGCUGCGGAUGGCUGUGGCCUUGAUCUGUAUGAGUAUGGAAUUUGGGCGGGCUGUGUGGCUCCGCUUCCACCCAUCAGCUUAUCCCCCGUGCCCCCACCCGAGUUUUGUGGCGCACUUGGGGGGCGUGGCUGUGGGUAUCACCCUGGGCGUGGUGGUUCUGAGGAACUUCGAGCAGAGGCUGCAGGACCAGUCGCUGUGGUGGAUUUUCGUGGCCAUGUACACCAUCUUCGUGCUGUUCGCUGUCUUCUGGAACAUCUUUGCUUACACCCUGCUGGACUUGAAGCUGCCACCGCCCCCCUAAGGGGCUAGAGGACUGAGGCAGGGAGUGGAGGAAGCAGCAGCAUCCAGAGCAAGUUCCUGUAUCUGUUUUCUCAUCAACAACUCAGUGAGGCCAGGGAGAACAGGGGUAGACUCUGGACCACUGGGUGUUUCUGUUAGAUUUGGGUGGCGAAGGCUCUUUAUGGAAGGAUAAGGGAGGAAGAAUGUGGCUGUUGUCAUUUUCUUAGACUAAAAACACCCUGGUCAAGGAGAAGGCCUGGGGUAGGGUGAGACCUGUGCCCUUCCUAGAGUCUUCUCACAUGGCUGAGCUUGUUCCAUGUGCUCCCCUCUCCCUGCCACAGACGGAGCUGUAGCCUGCUUCCUGGUCCUCUAAUGGAGAGACCCUGGGACACAGAAGUUCUGAGGGUAGCCACAGCCAGGCAGGCCUUCCCCUGCCCACAGGUAACUGCAAGUCAGGUUGUGUUCUCUCUGAAGCUCAGGAUAUGGAGCUCCGAGGGUGGACAUGUUGGCUCUGAUCUGGGGGAUCCCAGGGUACUCCCGGUCCCCAGUCUUCUCAGUGGGUGCGAUGGCAUAGUCUCUAGGGCUGGGGAGAGCAGAAAGAUGCCAUAACCUUCAGUCAUCAUGCCCUGGGGGACCUGUGAGAGGGACCCCUGCUAGGAGGAAAUGAACUUCAUCCAAGGUUCUCCCUAGGUAAGGCCCAGGUUGAGCUUUACACUUCUCCCUCCCUGUAGUCGGGGAUGCUGGCGUCUCACUCCUGCAUCCAUGUCCUACCUGAAAUUUAGGGGUUUUCUUCCCUUCUGCCCUGACCCUACUUUGUGCCUCUGCCGCCUCCUGUAGAAUAAUCUCUUUGGGGUGGAAGAGUGGCUAGGGCAGUGAUACCAAGGCCUUGCAUCCAUGUAAGUUGGUGGAGACAGCAGGCUAUAGUAAAAAGGAAUUCUGAUUUUGGUGAAAACUGCUCCAGAGAAGAGGUGCUGGGAGCUUGGAUGAGUAUCCAAGGAGAGAGCAGCCAUAGACUCAGAUGGUUAGAUCUAGAAAGAACUUGGAGAUAGUCCAGCUUCACUCACUCCCCUUUCACAGGGAAAGUGAGGUUGAGGGAGGACCUUGUACUGCCCAUAGCCUGGCAGCUCUAGGUGCCAGGACAGGAGUCUGGAGGAGAGGCCCCUCUCCCAGCAGGGCACCCACUGCCUCUGACCCUCCAGGAAGGGAAAGCAUAUUCAGGCUGGCACUGGGAACCCCAAGUGGAGGGUGUGAGGUGGAUGACCUUUAUAUUGCCUUUCGAACUCUCAACCUGAUUGCCUGUGAUGAAGAGCUGUAGACAUAUGAAGUGAGGGGCAGAGCUCAUGCAGGAGGGUGGGAACUGCCUUCCACCUGCCUAAUACCCAAUAGACCUCUGUUAUGGUACGGACCAAAGCUAGCCAGGCCACACAAUGGGGAAUUAGGCCAUUGCAGCUUCAUGUCCUGCUGAUUAUCUGGAAACCAUCAGGGUCUUCCUGACCAGGAACACACACACUCCACACUUGUUAGUCUAUGCUAAGCCCUCUCUCUCUGCCAGCCACUAACAAGAUUGUCCUGGUCCUCACACAUGGUUCCUAAGGCCCUGCUACACUUGUGUCAACACUGUGCCAAGACCUGUGAGGAUGUGGCUCUGUGAGCCCAGGACCAUGGCUGAUUUGUACCAGCCUGAAGCAUCUUGUCUGUGCCCUGCUUGGCUUUCUCUGCCCCAGUAACAGACAUGUAGGAGGAAGAGUCAGCUUCUUGGGAGGAGAGACUGAGGCUAUAGAACUUGGGCUGGGAAGGCUUGGGUAAGGAUUGAGGGAGCCUGGGCUUUGUUCCCUCUGUCAUGGGCUGCAGCGCUUGAGAGGGGUGUGCAGAGGUUGCUGAUGCCCUGCUGGAAAAAGGGCCUUCCCCUCUAGACUCCUGCUACCUCGUAUCUCUCAUAUGAGGGACUGCCACCCUUGUGCUUGUCAGGUAUGUCCUGGAAAAGGCUAAGCAAUGAACUAGAAGACUAGAAAGCCCUCAAGGAGUACCCAGUGCAGGGCUUCAGAUGAAAGUUUGCAGAGACAGGAUCCUGCCUUUUCUGUCAGCACACCCACCUCCACUGAAUAAGAACAAUAGAGUCACUUCACAGGGCCCACAAAGGUUCACAUCUUAGUGACAGGUCCCCUUUGCUCCUGGGUCCCCUCACCAUUCUAGCAACACUUCUCAUCUGGGUCUCCUCACACCUCUCUCUUCUUCCAGUGUGGUAGGCCACCAGUCAGAGUGCUGGGAUGUGGAGGGCAGAGUAAAUCUUCAUGCGAGUGGAUACAGGUCAGCCUCCAAGGCUGGGUGGGGAAUCCCCAAACAGCAGCCACAGACUCACUCACUCAUUAAACAGGAAGGGAAUCAUGAAAACCAAGGAAGGGAAAACAGGCCUUCAAAGGAGAAAUUUCACUCUAAUGACACCAUUCAUCACUCAUUUUUUAAUUAGGAAAAGCUCCCUAAUGAGGCUCUUUUGCCAGCUAAUGGGACUCUCAAUUUCCAUGUGAAUCAUUCUUGCCUAGAGGAUUAGGGGACACAUUGCUCACCAAACCCAGAUCUUCCUCUAGCAUCCAAUUCAGAGUGCAGAUAAUGCAGAUCGCCCGGUGCAGUGUGGUUCCCAGGGCUGGCUGCAAAGCACCAAAUCUCCUCUGCCUUAAAAACAGUGCCCAACAGUAAGCUGCCCCUGUGAGGACUUCAGUAAGUGAAAAACAAAACACUAGUCACAAUGUUGGUUUCUAAAUAUUUUUGUAUUGUGUAUAUUCUGUUUAUUUUUGUUGUAACAUAUUAUUUGAGCACAGAUUCCAUUAAAGAUUUUUUUUUUUAAGCUAUUGGUUAUUCCGGAAGUGACUUCAAGGGCUACCAUGGAGCCUGUUUUGUCUGACUGUGGGUCUGGGUCAUGGUGGGAGAUGAUGAACAGUGGUAGUGGUUUGAUGGUUUUGAAAAUAUAGAGGGGCACUGGUGGUUGGCACUAACUAGUCUUUCUAGUUUGUCGGUUUCUCCUUAACCUUCCCUGAGUGGUUGAUGAAAGCUGUGGUUGCUCUUCCCAUAAAAAUGCACCUAUGUAGAAAGUUACCUGGACAGUUUCAGAGGUGGGUGCUGGCAGAUAAGGAAAUUCAGCCCAAGUUUCAGGUCAAGAAACUCAGUGCCAGUGUCCCAUUGGGGCUGUUUCCCUUUCCACUUGUUCUUGAUGCUCAGAGGAUGGAGGAGAAAUGUUUGAAAUGCCCUAGAGACUUCUUUCGUCACUCCAAUAGUCUAGUCUUUGGGCCCCUCUAGGGCCAUCAAAGUCUUGAUCUUGAUGAUCAGGGCAUGGUCAAGUUCACACCCAGAAAAGGAAAUGGAAGCAGCAUAAAUGUCAAGCUGAAGUAUGGGUCUGGGGAGAUAUAACAACUGAGCUUUGCAGGGACGAGGCCUGGAAAGGUCAGCUGUGUCUCCACCUUCCCCAAAGAACCAGUAGCAUAGAUAGUUUUCCACUCACAGCUGUGAAAUGUGUUUGGGGACUGGUGCCCUGUUAAAUUCAGCAUGGGAGUUGGUUCCCAAAUGUUCUUUCACAUCAGAUUCCUGGGUCUUACUGAAAAAUAUUUCUGGGGAUGCAGAGAUGGCUCAGCAGUUAAGAAUAUUUACUG